GACCCGGGGGUGGGGUCCCCUUGCAGCCGGCGCGGGCGACGGGCGGCCCUGCCUUUUCGGCCUCCUGAGGGCCCAGCUUGUCCUUAGGAUCCUCACUCCGCCGAGGGUUGCCUCGCAGACUCCUGGGACCGGCCAUGAGUGGCUCAGGGCAGCUCAGCAGGAACACCCCCUCUUCGGGGACUAACCAAGCGGGAGGCCACCCUGACUCCACCGGGAUGCAGUUACCGCGCAGUGGUCCCCAGUCUAGUCUCUGGCAGCAGAUCUGGAGCGCGCCCCUAGUGCGGGUGGGCACCAUGUCAGUGCUUUUAGCCAUGGCCCUGCCUCGAACCCAGAAACCAUGGAGGAGAUAAGGUAGCCCCUCCCCGUCUCUGGAUCAGAUGGGGAAGCCCAGUUCAAUGGAUACGAAAUAUAAGGAUGACUUAUUUCGGAAGUACGUGCAGUUCCAUGAGGGCAGAGUGGACACCACCCCUAGCAAGCAACGGCCUGGCAGUGAUGAGUACCUUCGAGUGGCAGCCUCAGCCCUGCUCAGCCUACACAAGGUGGAUCCCUUCUAUCGAUUCCGGCUGAUCCAGUUCUAUGAGGUGGUGGAGAGCUCCCUGCGCUCACUCAGCUCCUCCAGCCUGCGGGCUUUGCACUGCGCCUUCAGCGUGCUGGAAACGGUGGGCAUCAACCUCUUCCUCUACCCGUGGAAGAAGGAAUUCAGAAGCAUCAAGACCUACACGGGCCCCUUCGUUUAUUAUGUCAAGUCGUCGUUACUGGAAGAGGACGUCCGAGCCAUCCUGCAUUACAUGGGCUACGUGCCUGAGUUAGGGACUGCGUACAGACUCAAGGAGCUCGUGGAGACCCUCCAGGUGAAGAUGGUCUCCUUUGAGCUCUUUCUGGCCAAGGUGGAGUGUGAGCAGAUGCUGGAAAUCCACUCACAAGUCAAGGACAAGGGCUACUCCGAGCUGGACGUGGUGAACGAGCGCAAAAGCAGCACGGAGGAUGUGCGCGGCUGCUCGGAGGCCCUGCGGCGGCGGGCCGAGGGCCGGGAGCACCUGACGGCCUCCAUGGCCCGCGUGGCGCUGCAGAAGUCGGCCAGCGAGCGGGCGGCCAAGGACUACUACAAGCCGAGGGUGACCAAGCCCUCGAGGUCGGUAGAUGCCUACGACAGCUACUGGGAGAGCCGGAAGCCACCCCUGAAGGCCUCGCUGAGCCUGCGGAAGGAGCCCGCGGCGCCAGACGUGGGGGACGAUCUCAAGGAUGAGAUCAUUCGCCCGUCUGCCUCGCUGCUGACCAUGUCCAGCUCCCCCCACGGAAGCCCGGAUGACCUGCCGUCCCCUUCCCCCAGCAACGGCCUCAGCCUGCUGCGUGGCACAUACUUCUCCGCUCAGGACGACGUGGAUCUGUAUACAGACUCGGAGCCCAGGGCCGCAUACCGGAGGCAGGACGCCCUGCGGCCGGACGUGUGGCUGGUCCGAAACGAUGCCCACCCCGUCUACCACAAGCGCUCACCCCCCGCCAAAGAGUCCUCCCUGUCCAAGUGCCAAAACUGUGGGCUGUCCUGCAACUCCUCCCUCUGCCAGCGCUGCGACAGCCUGCUCGCCGGUCCCCCAGCCUCCAAGCCCGGCGCCUUCUCUGGCAAGCCCUCCGCCCACGACAGCCUGGCCCACGGUUCGUCUCUGCGGGAGAAGUAUGCUGGCCAGACCCAGGGCCUCGAGCGGCUGCCGCACCUCCACCCGAAACCCAAGACCCCCACCACAGCCACCUCCCGCUGUGGCUUCUGCAACCGCCCGGGCGCCACCAACACCUGCACCCAGUGUUCGAAAGUGUCCUGCGACGGCUGUCUCAGCGCCUACCAUUACGACCCCUGCUGCAAAAAGAAUGAGCUGCACAAGUUCAUGCCCAACCACCAGCUGAACUACAAGUCCACCCAGCUCUCCCAUCUCGUGUACAGAUAGACUGGACCUUGCACCCCUGCUCCAAGGGCUACGCUACUGACUUUCCGGUUCCCCGCUCCGGGGAAGAAGUGUUAGUGUGUUGAUCUCAGAAGCAGAGACCUGCAUCCGACCGUGUAGGUGUCAGGGGAUCGUGGGCUUGGCUGCGCCAUGUGGGAGCUCACUGGGUGGCCCAGAUAGUCCAUCUGAUGGCUGCUUUGUCGCCUGACAAGGGAGAGAGGGUGGCACUUCCGUUCAGAUUCAUUCUUGCUAAUCUCUCCACUCCCUGUUGCGUUGUUUGUUUUAUUUUCGGAGAGGAUUUCUAACUCCGAGACCUUUGUCAACAGCC